AUGACAAACUUGGAGAUGGGCGAACCAUCGAAUCCAAUAGCCAAACGAGUUGGGCAGGCAAAAGACGCUCUAAGAAGGCCGGCUGCUCCCGGUGUUCAGAGAAUGCUGGCCGUCCCAUUGGGAUCAAAGCUCACGCCAGAAUUGAACCACACAGAAAAAUCGGAGCUUGCAAUUCAGGCAGGAUGUAGCACAUUGGGAGCAGGUGGGUACAGGAGCAAAGUUAGACUGAAGCCGGGCCACAGCGCAUUGGAUUGGCACGAGUUGGUGUCUGGAAAGGGCAAGAAGCAGGGAUUAGUCGUUGGGAUUGAGAAGCUUCUCAAUGAAGACUUUGAAAGAUUACAACAUCUCAAUCAUCCUCAGUCUCUUAUGCAAUUGCAAAGAGGCGUUCCUACUUAUAUGAUUAGACCGCCUCUGCGAAUCGAUAAGGAAAUGCUCCAAAAACAUUCAUCCCUCGACGACUGCUGGUGUGUGAUUCGGGGAAAUGUCUAUUGUCUAACAUACUAUUUCGACUUUCAUCCUGGGGGGGUUGAUAUUCUGCUCAAGAAUUGCGCCGGUAAAGAUGGGACGAAGGCAUUUGAAAAAUACCAUAGGUGGGUAAGCUUUGAUAAACUAUUGGAGACGUGUCUGGUCGGUGUCUACGUUAUUUAG